CGCAGGCUGCUAACUGCAGUGGGCACGCCUAGCAUACCACAUCCUGUGCGCUUUUCACACUGGCGAGGCGCCUGCCUCAGGUGCGUCAGAAGCGUUGUGAACCCCUCAUGUUCAUCACCUGUGUGCCUUGGUAAAUUCUGGAAGAGAGGGGGGAAAAGCUUGGGGUGAAAAAAUCCCGAGCUGAAGACGUGGACUUCCACAGCCCCGGGCUGGAGGCGGGGGCCCGUGUGAAGCCGGGUUCGUCCACCGUCCAAGUCCGGGCCAAGCUGCCAAGGCUGACGUCCACGGGACACGGUGACUGGGAGUUAGGGAUCCUUCCUUGCAGGGUUCCAUCAGGGCCAGAGGAUCUGGACGCAAGUGGGUUAUUAUAAGGUAUUGAAUAUAUUCCCUGUGCUCUACAGAAGAAACUUGCUGUGUAUUUUAUAUAUGAUAGUUAUAUCUGCAAAACCUGAACUCCUGAUUUAUCCCUCCCCGCCUCCCCCCUGGUAACCACAGUCAUCUGUCGAUGGACAUUUAGGUUGCUUCCAUGUCUGGGCUAUUGUACAUAGUGCUGCUCUGAACAUUGGGGUGCACGUAUCUUUUCAGAUUAGAGUUCCCUCUGGAUAUAUGCCCAGGAGUGGGAUUGCUGGGUCAUAUGGCUCUGUCCUUCCUCCACAAACGCCAGGACGGCGCCGGCUGCAGGGGCUGAGCCAUGUCCCUCCAUCCCACCGGCCUCCUGGGCCUCGUGCUCCUUCUGGGCCAGACGAUCUGCGCACAGGAGGGGACGCUGCCCAGACCCUCCAUCUCAGCUGAGCCAGACUCUGUGAUCCCCAGGGGCCGGCCUGUGACCAUCGUGUGCCGGGGCCCUGCUGGGUUUAAGACAUUUCGCUUGGAGAAUGAGGAGGAUACAAAUGACUUCAAGGAUACGCGUGCCAGCUCUCCACUUGGUCCCCACCAGACAGAGGCCAGAUUCCUCAUCCCGGCUGUGAGUGAAGGCACUGCCACGCACUAUCGCUGCCGCUACAUAAAAGAGCAUGUCUGGUCUGAGCCCAGUGAGUCCCUGGAGCUGGUGGUGACAGGAGACACACAGACGCGCUCGCAGGACGGUAGCAAUAGCGGCCUGUUGGCAGAGCAUGUUUAUAUCCUCAUUGGGGUCUCUGUGGCCUUUCUCCUCCUCCUCCUCCUCCUGGUCCUCCUCCUCCUCCACCGUCAGCAUCAGAGAAAACGGGGGGCCCCCAGCAGCAAAGGCGAGGAGCCGAGGCCCCAGGAGAGGCUCAGCCCCACUGCUGACAUCCUAGACGGGACACCAGAUCUGGCCACUGUUGAUAGACUUCCUGAGAAGGACGGAGAGAUGGGUGCUUCGACCCCUGCUGCGGGAGGCCCCCAGGAGGUGACGUAUGCCCAGCUGGACCACCGAAUCCUCACAGAGAGGGCGGCCGGAGCUGUGUCCCUGCAGUCCGCAGAGCCCACAGCUGAGUCCAGCACGUAUGCAGCCAUUGCUAGACACUGACCCCAGGCCCACUUGGCCUCUGCACUAAAGACACAGGAAGUCACUCUUGCAAAAGCCUGAAAUGGACAUUUGGUGGGUUUCCCUGUGGAAUCAUCCCUUUCUGGAAGGUCAUCCAAUUAGUUCUCUUGGAGGCAAGAGCUGGAGUCCUGAGAACCCCCCAGUCAACAUCUAGGAGAUUCAUUAGCCAUGUGGUCCGUCCUACAAUCAACUAGAUCCUUGGAGAGGAUGUGUAGCACUUGUUUCCAGAGACCAAGGUUUGGUGCUUGGCUUUUUCCAGGGACCCAGCUAUGGUCCUACAGUCACCCAGCUGAUUCCAGACAUGUCUUGCGAAUCCUCCACUGCCCCCAGAGAUCCGUUUUGUCCUCUUCGCUGACUCUGCAAACCCUCCUAGAGUUCAGCUGUUGACCUUGAACCUGGGCUAUCCUUGUGCAGCUGGUAGCUGAGACCUCGUUUUCUGUAUCAAGCUUCACACUGUUCAUCAAUAAAUGUCCUCACAGGCCCGGCUGCCUCAGCCCUGCAGCUGGAGCUGGGGUGCACUGGCA